ACAGAGCCACAAACACAUCGACAUUCAUUCACAGCGAACGGAUAAAUCUAAAUACAACCAAAAACACAGAAGGAAAGGCGAAAUAAAGAGGAGCAGAAGCAUGCGGUCGAGGGAGCUCUUCAUAUUACUGAUGGCCGUCGCGUCGACGCUCGCGGUGGAGGUGCCGUCAGACUCCGGGACGGGGCUUCUGGCCGAGCCACAGAUCGCCAUGUUCUGCGGGAAACUCAACAUGCACAUCAACAUCCAGAGCGGGAAAUGGGAGCCGGAUCCGUCCGGAAGCAAGAGCUGCAUCGGGAAUAAAGAGGGAAUCCUGCAGUACUGCCAGGAGGUGUAUCCGGAGCUGCAGAUCACCAAUGUGGUGGAGGCCAAUCAGCCGGUCAGCAUCUGGGACUGGUGUAAGAAGAGCCGCAAGCAGUGCCGCAGUCACAUGCACAUCGUAGUGCCGUACCGCUGCCUGGUUGGGGAGUUUGUCAGCGAUGCUCUGCUGGUUCCUGAUAAGUGUAAGUUCCUGCAUCAGGAGCGCAUGGACAUGUGUGAGAGUCACCUGCACUGGCACACCGUCGCCAAAGAGUCGUGUGGUGACCGCAGCAUGAAUCUGCAUGAUUAUGGGAUGCUGUUGCCGUGUGGAAUUGACCGUUUCCGGGGUGUGGAGUUCGUGUGCUGUCCUGCAGACGCGGGUAAAGAGUCUGAGAGCGCCGCUGUGGAGGAGGACGAUUCAGACGUGUGGUGGGGCGGAGCGGAGGCUGAUUACACCGAGAACAGCAUGACUCGUGAUGCCGCAGCGGAGCCGGCGGUGCUGGAGGAUGAUGAGGAUGCGGACGAGGAAGAGGACGAGGAUCAGGAUGGAGAUGGAGAUCGGGACGAGAAGAUAGAGGAAGAGGAGGAGGAGGAGGAGCGCACCCAGAGCACCAGCGCAGCCCUGACCUCCACCACCACCACCACCACUGAGUCUGUAGAGGAGGUGGUGCGAGAGGUGUGUUUUGCGAGUGCAGAGACGGGUCCCUGUAGGGCCAUGUUGUCCCGCUGGUAUUAUGUGCGUGAGGAGCGCCGCUGUGCGCCCUUCAUCUACGGCGGCUGCGGAGGAAACCGUAAUAACUUUGAGUCGGAGGAAUACUGUCUGUCCGUCUGCAGCGGUGUGUUGCCGACUCCAUCCUCCAGCCCUCCGGAUGCAGUGGACCGAUAUCUGGAGACGCCGGCGGACGAGAACGAACACGCUCACUUUCUACAGGCCAAAGAAAGUUUGGAGACCAAACACCGCGAGCGCAUGUCUCAGGUGAUGAGGGAAUGGGAAGAGGCCGAGAGACAGGCCAAGAGUUUACCACGCAACGACAAGAAGGCCGUGAUCCAGCACUUCCAGGAGAAGGUGGAGGCUCUGGAGCAGGAGUCGGCCAGCGAGCGUCAGCAGCUGGUGGAGACACACAUGGCACGGGUGGAGGCUCUGCUGAACGACCGCCGCCGCCUCGCCCUCGAGAGCUACCUGUCUGCCCUGCAGGCCGAUCCACCACGGCCUCGUCAUGUGUUCAGCCUGCUGAAGAAGUAUGUACGGGCCGAGCAGAAGGACCGUCAACACACACUCAAACACUUCGAACACGUGCGCAUGGUGGACCCCAAGAAAGCAGCACAGAUACGGCCUCAGGUAGAGCUGCUGCAGCGUGAGCAGCAGGAGAUGUCCGCUCAGUUGGCGAAUCUGCAGAGUGACGCGCGUGUGAGUUAUGGGAACGAUGCGCUGAUGCCCGACAGCACCGCCGGCCUGGAGCUGCUGCCCGCCGAGGACACACAGGGGUUCGGCUUCAUACACCCCGAGAGCUUCAACCAGCCCAACACACACAACCAGGUUGAGCCUGUCGAUGCCCGACCUGUUCCAGACCUAGACCUGGCAACCCGACCAGUGUCUGGACUGAAGCCUGAUGACAUUCCUGAGCUGCGGAUGGAAGCUGAAGAGAGACACAGUGAAGUCUACCACCAGAAGCUGGUUUUCUUUGCGGAGGACGUGAGCUCCAAUAAAGGAGCUAUUAUUGGCCUGAUGGUCGGAGGCGUCGUCAUAGCAACCAUCAUCGUCAUCACGCUGGUGAUGCUGAGGAAGAAGCAGUACACGUCCAUCCACCACGGCAUCAUCGAGGUGGACGCGGCCGUGACUCCAGAGGAGCGUCAUCUGUCUAAGAUGCAGCAGAACGGCUAUGAAAACCCCACCUACAAGUUCUUUGAGCAGAUGCACAACUGAUGGAGCACCGUCACCCCUAACCCUCCCCGAACCCUCCCCGAACCCUCCUCAGACGGUGCAGGAGAUGCCAGAACAUCAACAAACAUCACCGUUGGCCAGAUCACGGUCAGAAAUGAGCAAUCAGAGUGAACACAUAGUUCAGAUUCAAUUCAAAUCACUGGUCAAAGUGAACACAAUUUAGAUUCAGUCCAAAUUACUGGCCAAAGUGAACACACAAUUCAGAUUCAGUUUAAGUUCAUGCAUAAUGCAAAUUUCAGUAGGAUUCACAUUUUAUUGAAUGCCUAAUUCAUAUUUAGUCCAAAUUCAUAUUACAAAACAAACACAUAAAUCUGAUUCACUUUAAAUCGCUGGCCAUAGUGAACACAAAAUUCAAAUUCAAUCCAAAUCACUGGCAAAAGUGAACACAAAAUUCAGAUUCAGACUAAAUCAUUUUCCAAAGUGAACACAUAAUUCAGAUUCUGUCCAAAUCACAAGCCAAUAUAAUCACAUAAUUUAGAUUCAGUUCAAAUCACUGGCCAAAGUGAACACAAAAUUAGAUUCAGUUCAAAUCACUGCCCAAUUUAAACACACAAAUCAGAUCCAAUUCAAUUCUCUGGCCAAAGUGAACACAGAAUUCAGAUUCAAUUCAAUUCUCUGGCCAAAGUGAACACACUAUUCAGAUUCAAUUCAAUUCUCUGGCCAAAGUGAACACACUAUUCAGAUUCAAUUCAAUUCUCUUGCUAAAGUGAACACACAAUUCAGAUUCAGUUCAAAUCACUGGCCAAAGUGAACACACAAUUCAGAUUCAGUCUAAAUCACCAGCCAAUAUAAUCACAUAAAAUAGAUUCAGUCCAAAUCACUGGCCAAAUUGAACGCAAUAUUCAGAUCCAAUUAAAACCCCUGGCCAACGUAAAUAAACAAUUCAUAUUCAAUUUAAAUCACUGGUCAAUGUAAACACAAAACUCAGAUUAAAUCCAAAUCACUGAUAAUAUUCCUCUGCUACAGUAGGCCAGUCCAGGUUCUGGUGUAUUCUGGGCUGGUUCUGGUGUUUUCUGCACCGUCUGCUCUCACACUACUAAACGAGUGAAACACUGGUGUAUUUGAGGGCUGAACGUGCGAGACUUCCUCCGUCAGUCGCGUCUCCUUCCUCUUCCUCCUCACACUGACUGCAGCUGUGCUGUGUUUGGUGACGCCGGUCAUAGACCAGAAAAUCACUAUAAAUCUAGUGCUUACAUUGAUGUCCUUCUGAAUGAGACCUGGAAAUUGUUUGAUUGUUUCUGAUUUGUUUUUCCAAAAAAAAAAAAAAAGAAAGAAUUUUGCCAAAAAAAAAACAAACAAACAUUUUUUUAGUUUGUGAAUAUUGAAGUAACGCAAAAAGAAAGACUAGCUGUAACUGUGUAGUGCAUGAUAGAAAACAAAAACUGACGGGAAAUACAUGCUAUUUGGGUCUUUUCUCACGUAGAGGCGUGUUAGCAGGGUUAAACUGUACAACUUGUGAAAUGUGAUUUGAGUUGCACAAGAAAAGAGAACUCGAUUGGCUUCUGCUUUGAUAGUUUUAAGCUGGAUUAAACGGAUUCGUGCUUUUAUUUCAAUAUCAUUUCUAGUUGUUGUUUUUUUAUCAGGCUGAGUGGAUCCAGCCGAAGCUGUCCAUGUACAUUUACUGUCUUCAAUGUUUUCGUCCUAUGCAUUUCGAGAGAUUUAUUUACCUCCUCUUUAUGAACAGCUAUUUAAUUUCCGUUCUCCAUUGGACUCGUGGUUGUCUGUGUUUUUUAAGCAGGUGUUGGGCUCGGGUGGGAUUGUGGGUUAUUCUGUGUAUGUUUGUAUGUUUUUCUCCAGUCGGUUUUGUGUUGGUUCGUCACUCCAUGUGUGUGUGCGUGUGUGUGCGUGUGUGUGUGUGUGUGUGUGUGUGUGUGUGUGUGUGUGCGCGCAGAUGUAAAAAUCUCCCGUUUCUGGUGUUUCACUGCAGAAACAGAUCCUGCUGCAUUCAAACCACUGCAAAAUCACAAGAAAUCUGUUUCAUUUAAUUACGUUUUAAUUAUUUUGUGCAUUGCAAUUUUUUAUUUGACUUCAGGUUGUUGUAACUGCAAUGAAACUAAAAUAUGAUUUCAAGUAUUUAUCAUAGUUGCAUUUGUGCUGAAUGUAAUUAAUGCAUUUUAUUAGCCGGGUCCAGACUUUUUUUUUACUGCAUUACAUUACUCGACUUAAAGUGGUCAUGUGAUACUUUCUUAAUUAAUUAAUGUGAAUAUAUUUAUAUUUAUAAACCAUAUUUAUACAUCAAAACAAAUCAUAAAUAACAUAUAAUCCACUAUUUUCUGUCCCCAUUUUUGACUCUCAUCAGAACACACAGUUUGAGUGGGCGGAGCCAACAUACUCUGUAGUAAACACCUACUGCUCUGAUUGGCUGAGAGUUUUGCAUAUUAACAAGAUUCAACAUGCAGUGAUGUAGAAGUGGGAUUGGCUGAUGGUUUUGCAUAUUUACAAGGCUCAGCAGGCUGUGAAGUAGAAGUGGGCGUGGCUUAUCCACCCUAUUACAUCACAUAAAAUACAACAUUGCAGUGGUUUUGUCUGGAGGCUUCAAUAUAUUUCAAGUAUUUAUCAUGGUUGGUUGCAUUUGUGCUGAAUAUUAAUUAAUGCGUUAUUAUUAAUCAUGUCUAGAGAUAUUAUUUUUAUUGCUGCAUUACAGUCAUGCAGAUCUGUUUAAAUUGGUCAUGUGAUACUUUUUUAAUUAAUUAAUGUUUUUAUUUUACAUUAUUCUCUGAGCUCCACUUAUCAUAUCAUCAAUAUUUAUACAUCAAAACACAAUCAUAUUUACAAAUAAUCAAAUUUUCUGUCCCCAUUUUUGACUCUUAUCAGAACACACAGUUUCAGUGGGCGUGGCCAACUGUCGACUCAGAAGGGAACACCCACUGCUGUGAUUGGCUAACAGUUUUGCAUAAUAACAAGGCUCAGCUUGCAGUGAUGGAUAUAGAAGUGGGAUUGGCUGACAGUUUUGCAUAUUAACAAGGCUCAGCAGGCAAUGAAAUAGAAGUGGGCGUGGCUUAUCCACCCUAUUACGCCACAUAAUAUACACCAUUCCAGUGGUUUUGUCAGAAAUGCUUCAAUAGAAGCUGAUUUUAUUUGAUUUCUGAAACUUGUGGAAUAUUGAUGAGCUCGUAUAUAAGCUCAAUAUAUAAAGGGAAUUCUGCGUUCUCACUUCAUGACCUCUUUAACAACGCAAGCCAAUAUUAGUGGAUCAUUUGUCUUCGUGCUCAUGCAAAUCUCUUGUGAUCUUGUGCUGAAUGUGGUGUGAUCUGUCCUGCAGCGUUAAAUGAUCUUGUCGUUCGUCUGUUGAUCACUCACUCCUCCUCUUGUGUUUUGUUGUAGACACUUUCUGAUUUAAAUGAUCUACAGAUGAUCAAUAAUAAUCGGCUAUCUGAUGAAUGUCAGUGGGAGCAGCGGUGCAUUGUGGGUAAUGCUUUGGGUUGCUGUGGUUUGAUCAGAUGUGCUGAAAGAUGGCGAUAAACUUCUUUUUCUCUGUCUAUCGUUUGCUUUGACUGGAAAACUACUGCGCUUUCUACACUGUAUUCCAUAAAUAAAGUUUCGAAUGUACAUACAGA